CAGUCGGUCGCAGCCAUGGCGGAGGGAGGAGAGGGAGAGGAGCUGCUCCGCCCGCCGCUGCCCGCCGGCGCCCCGGGCCCCAAGCGCUUGUGCUCCCGGGCCUGCCCGGCGGGGGGCACCGGGGCCGUGCACCCCCGUCCCGGAGCCGCGGGGGCCGGCUCGGCGGGGCCGGGCGCGGGGGCCAGCGGGGCCGCUCCGGCGCUGCCCGGCUGCUGCCCCGCGGCGGCGGCGGGGCCGGCGGGGGCGGCGGGGCCGGCGGCGGCGGCGGCGGGGCCGGGGGGCGGCGGCGGCGGGGGCGGCGGGACCGGCUGCCUGCUGCAGCCCGAGUCGCUGCUGGACGCGGCGGCCAAGCGGGUGGCGGGGAGCUGGGCCUUCGAGCGGGUGGAGGGCCGCUUCCAGCGCAUCCCCGAGCCCGUCCAACGCCGCAUCGUCUACUGGAGCUUCCCCCGCAGCGAGCGGCAGAUCUGCAUGUACUCCAGCUUCCAGCCCGGCCGCGCCGCUGCCGCCGCCUCCCCCGCCAGCGCCGCCGCGGGGGGACCCUCGGCCGCCGCCGCCCCCGCCCCGGCCGGCGAGGAGAGCCCCGCCGCCGGCCCCCCGCCGCCCGCCGCCCCCGCCGCGCCGCAGGGCGAGGGGCUGCCCUUCCGCCGCGGCAUCCGCCUGCUGGAGACCGGCGCGGUGGACAACGUGCUGCAAGUCGGGUUCCACCUCAGUGGAACAGUAACGGAGCCAGCGACUGCGACAGAACCAGAGAUGACCUACAAGGUGGCCAUCAGCUUCGACCGCUGCAAAAUCACCUCAGUGACGUGCGGCUGUGGGAACAAGGACAUUUUUUACUGCGCUCACGUCGUGGCGCUUUCACUGUACAGGAUCCGCAAGCCAGACCAGGUCAAACUCCGUCUUCCCAUCUCAGAGACCCUUUUCCAGAUGAACAGGGACCAGCUCCAGAAGUUUGUUCAGUAUUUGAUCACAGCACACCACACCGAGGUGCUGCCCACCGCCCAAAAGUUGGCUGAUGAGAUCCUGUCAUCCAACUCUGAGAUCAACCAAGUGCAUGGCGCUCCUGACCCCACUGCUGGGGCCAGCAUCGAUGACGAGAACUGCUGGCACUUGGAUGAGGAGCAAGUCCGAGAGCAGGUGAAGCUGUUCCUAUCUCAGGGAGGGUACUACGGCUCGGGGAAGCAGCUCAACUCCAUGUUUGCCAAGGUCCGGGAGAUGCUGCGCAUGAGGGACUCCAACGGGGCCAGGAUGCUGACGUUGAUAACAGAGCAGUUCAUGGCUGAUCCUCGGCUCUCCCUCUGGAGGCAGCAGGGGACAGGCAUAACAGAGAAGUGCCGGCAGCUCUGGGAUGAGCUGGGGGCGCUGUGGGUGUGCGUGGUGUUAAACCCACACUGCAAGCUGGAAGAGAAAUCCUGCUGGCUCCGGCAGCUGCGCAAGUGGGGUGAGAUGGACGUCUGUCCCCUGGAAGAUGGCAAUUAUGGUAACGAGCUUCCCAACAUCACUAACGCGCUUACACAGAGCUCCAGUCACAGCCAAGACUCACUGGCCAGGCCCAGACGAACCGUGUUCACGCGGGCGAUCGAGGGCUGUGACCUCCACUGGCAGGACAGCCACCUGCAGCGCAUCAUCAGCAGUGACUUCUACGUGUCCCCCUCCUACCAGCGGGAGGGCGAGAGCCUCCUCUUCAACUCCCAGGGACAGCCACUGUGGCUGGAACACGUCCCGACUGCCUGUGCUCGGGUGGAUGCGCUGCGCUCCCACGGUUAUCCCAGAGAAGCUCUCCGACUGACUGUUGCCAUAAUCAACACCCUGCGACUGCAGCAGCAAAGGCAGCUGGAAAUAUAUAAGCAUCAGAAGAAAGAGCUGCUGCAGCGAGGAGCAACAACCAUCACCAACCUGGAGGGCUGGGUAGGCCACCCUCUGAACCCCAUCGGCUGCCUCUUUCUCACCCUGACCGAAGCUUGUAGAUUAGAAGAGGAAAAUUGCCUUGAAAUUUCAGACACUGGGGACUCCAAACCGCCAGUGUAUCAACAUGUGCCCGUUGUGACAGGCAGCCAAGACGGUGACGAGUCCUACCUGUCCCUGGCCUUAGAGGUGGCCCUGAUGGGGAUGGGUCAGCAGAGAGUGAUGCCUGAAGGUCUCUAUGCCCAAGACAAGGUGUGCCGCAAUGAGGAGCAGAUCAUUGCCCGGCUGCAGGACCUGGAGCUGGACCCGGUGCUGGUGCAGACCCUGCGGAAGCAGUGCAUCUUGCUGCUAGAAGGUGGUCCCUUCAGCGGCCUGGGAGAAGUCAUCCACCGGGAGAGCGUCCCCAUGCACACCUUUGCCAAAUACCUGUUCUCUGCCCUGCUGCCCCAUGAUGCUGACCUGGCAUACAAGCUGGCUUUGCGGGCCAUGAGGCUGCCCGUCCUGGAGACCACGGCACCAUCCGGCGAUGUGACUCACCCUCACCACCUGGUCUCGGUGGUCCCCAGCAGGUACCCGCGCUGGUUCACCCUGGGGCACCUGGAGUCACAGCAGUGCGAGCUCGCCUCCACCAUGCUCACGGCAGCCAAAGGGGACAUGCUGCGCCUACGCACGGUGCUGGAGGCCAUCCAGAAAAACAUCCACUCCUCCUCCUUGAUCUUCAAGCUGGCUCAGGAUGCAUUCAAGAUUGCUACGCCAGCCGACAGCAACUCUGACACGACACUGCUCAAUGUGGCGCUGGAACUGGGGCUCCAGGUGAUGCGCAUGACCCUGUCCACGCUCAACUGGCGGCGGCGGGAGAUGGUGAGGUGGCUGGUGACGUGCGCUACUGAAGUGGGAGUGAGGGCCCUGGUGAGCAUCCUGCAGAGCUGGUACUCACUGUUCACUCCCACGGAAGCCACCAGCAUUGUGGCGGCCACAGUGAUGUCCCACAACACCAUCCUGCGCCUGAGCCUGGACUACCCACAGCGGGAAGAGCUAGCCAGCUGUGCCCGCACCCUGGCCCUGCAGUGCGCCAUGAAGGACCCCCAGAACUGCGCCCUGUCUGCCCUGACCCUCUGCGAGAAGGACCACAUCGCCUUCGAGACCGCCUACCAGAUCGUCAUUGACGCCGCCUCCACUGGCAUGACCUACACCCAACUCUUCACCAUCGCCCGCUACAUGGAACACCGGGGCUACCCACUCCGAGCCUUCAAACUGGCCUCAUUGGCCAUGACACAUCUCAACCUGGCCUACAACCAGGACACGCACCCAGCCAUCAAUGAUGUGCUCUGGGCCUGCGCCUUGAGCCACUCUCUGGGCAAAAACGAGCUGGCAGCCAUCAUCCCGCUGGUGGUGAAGAGCGUGCACUGUGCCACAGUGCUCUCGGACAUCCUUCGCCGCUGCACCAUGACAGCACCAGGGCUGGCCGGCAUCCCUGGGCGCAGGAACUCGGGGAAGCUGAUGUCCACUGACAAAGCCCCCCUGCGGCAGCUGCUGGACGCGACGAUAAGCGCCUACAUCAACACCACCCACUCCCGGCUCACCCACAUCAGCCCACGGCACUAUGGGGAGUUCAUCGAGUUCCUCAGCAAGGCCAGGGAGACCUUCCUCCUGGCACAGGACGGGCACAUACAGUUCGCCCAAUUCAUUGACAAUCUUAAACAAAUCUACAAAGGCAAGAAAAAACUGAUGCUGCUGGUGCGAGAACGGUUUGGGUGAGCCCCGGCUCCUGCCAUGCGCACUGGCAGGGUCUGGCCGCAGCACGGGGACUUGGGAGAGAAGAAGGAAGGAAAGUGGAGAUCAGCUUCCCCCCAUCGGCAGAGGCUGUUCUGUUCUGGUCUUCUGUUUUUUUGUUUUGUUUUGUUUUUUUUUUCUUUUUUUUUUUUCUUUUUUUUUUUUCUUUUAGUGUUACUCUUUCUUGGAUUUAACCAUUUCACACACUGAGAGGAUCCAGAGAUUCCUUGGGCACAAACCAAAAGGCAACCAUGGGGAAAAAGGAUGGUUUACUCAGCCCCCUGCCCUCCCUUGCCAAUACCAAAAGCUAACCUGGAAAUCUAAUACCUCUUUCCUGAAGGACAUGGUCGCUGGAGGGAUACGAAGGUUGCAAAGUGAAAAAUCUUUAAAAUUAUGUGGGGAAUUUAAUGAAACAAAAAAAAAAAAAAAAAAAAAAAAAAAGGAAAA